AUGGACUCAAUCAAGUCCAUCAAAGCCUACGGCAAGGUAUUCCGGCGAAAGACCUGCGUCGGAGCCGCCGCCGUCCUCGUUAUAGUGGCCAUCAUCAGCAUCGGCGUCGUCCUUGGUAAGGUUAACAAGUCCAACUCCAAUUCCGACGGAGUCUCUGCUUCCCCGAUGACACCUUCUGCGUCUAUCAAGGCGGUUUGUAACGUGACCCAGUACCCAGAUUCUUGCUUCAAGAGCAUUUCAGCUCUGGAAGCUUCCAACCCCACCACCGACCCCAAAGAGAUCUUCAAGCUGUCUCUGCACGUGGCUCUCAACGAGCUCGUGAAGGUGUCUUCAUUGCCUGAUACAUUGAUCUCCAAGAUCAGCGACGAACGAGCCAAGAAAGCGUUGAUUGUUUGUCGGAGCGUGUUUGAAGACGCUGUCGAUAGCCUCAACGAUUCCAUAUCAUUAAUGGCGGUGAACGACGGUGAGAAAUUGCUGUCGCCGUCCAGAAUUGAGGACGCGAGGACAUGGUUGACCUCGGCACUUACAUAUCACGACACUUGCUUGGACGCUCUACAAGAAUUGAACUCCACAACUGCCACCACUCUGUACAAUGAAUUGAACGGUUUGAUAAAAAACUCGGUCGAAUUUUCGAGCAAUAGUUUGGCGAUUGUGACUAAGGUUUUGGGUAUUCUUUCGGAUUUAAACAUUCCGGCUCAUCGGAAGCUUCUGGGAAUUCCAGGGUGGGUGAACUCCGGUAACUGGAGGCUGCUGCAGGAGACGAAACUGACGCCGAGUGUGACGGUGGCGCAGGACGGCAGUGGAGAUGUGAAAACGAUCACAGAGGCGGUGGCUAUGAUUCCGGAGAAGUCAAAGACGAGGUUUGUGAUAUAUGUGAAGGCGGGAAAGUAUGUGGAGAAUGUGAAAGUGGAGAAGUCUAUGUGGAAUGUGAUGAUUUACGGAGACGGCAAGGGAAAGACCAUCAUCUCCGGCAGCACCAACUUUAUGGAUGGGACUGCGACCUUCCAUACAGCCACCUUUGCUGUUGAGGGAAAGGGUUUCUUUGCAAGGGACAUUACCUUCCAGAACACAGCAGGGCCACAGAAGCACCAGGCUGUUGCCUUUAGGUCAAGUUCCGAUUCGUCUGUGUUCUACAGGUGCUCCUUUGAUGCCUUCCAGGACACUCUGUACGCCCAUUCCAACCGUCAAUUCUACCGCGACUGUGACAUAACCGGCACCGUCGACUUCAUAUUCGGAAAUGCCGCAGUUGUCUUCCAGAACUGCAAAAUCCAGCCCAGGCAGCCCAUGGAGAACCAAUAUGUGACCAUAACAGCUCAGGGAAAGAAAGAAGAUAAUAUGAACUCGGGCAUUUCUAUUCAAAAGUGUAACAUCAGCCCUCUGGACAAGGUCACAGUCCCAACAUACCUUGGCAGGCCUUGGAAGGAUUACUCCACCGCGGUAAUAAUGCAGACCUAUAUUGGGUCACUCUUGCAGCCAUCGGGCUGGAUCGAAUGGGUCAAAGGUGUCGCACCACCCAAGACCAUUUUCUACGGCGAGUACCAAAAUACCGGCCCGGGAUCGAGUGUGGAUAAAAGGGUUAAAUGGGCUGGAGUUACUUCCCAAUUGACAACAGACCAGGCCCAGAAGUUCACAGUGGAAGCCUUUCUCCGGGGAAGCGAAUGGCUACCUGAAACACACGUGGUCUAUGAGCCAGCCUUAUAGAGAGAGAGUCGCAACUCUUUUUAGUAAAUUCUUUUGGUUAUUAUUAGGUUCAACUAUUAUUAUUUAAUGGUUUCUAGUUUAGUUUAUCUUUUUC